AUGGCUGGAAUAUUUCAAAAGUAUUUUGGUCAACUUAAAAGCAAAGUAAAAUCAAUCUAUGCCGAUAGUCCAUUUGACUGCGUGCUAAGUCUCAUCGAAAUGAAAAUCGGCGUUGCAUCUGAGAUCAUUGCUCUUGCUUUAUUUAGUAUUCUUGCUGUCUAUCUCGUUUUUGGCUGGUGUAACGACUUUGUUUGCAAUGUUAUCGUACUGAUCUAUCCAGUAUACAUUUCGUUGAUGACAAUCCAGUUAUCGGACACAUCCAGCCAUAAACGCCUGUUGACCUAUUGGCUUAUUUAUUCAUCACUCGGUUGCAUCGAAUAUAUUCUUCAUCGUAUAUGUGAUUUCUUAUUAUCCUAUUGGCUGGGCAAAUGCAUUUUUCUGAUAUGGUUUCUUAAAUCUGAAUCUUCUUCUUCCUUAAUGGUAGAGUCAUCAACACAACAAGAACCAGAAUAUAACAACGAUUCUUCAAAUGGCGAGGUCAAUGUGGAAGAACUUAUUGCUAAAAAUGGUGAUUCACCGACGCUGAAUCUAUCUGCACAAGGAAUUACUGAUCAGAAUCUGAAUAUUGUGGUCAAUGCGUUAGGAAAUAAUACGACAAUUAAAACUCUCGAACUCGUUUCCAAUUCGAUCAGCGCUGCAGGAAUUAAACUACUGGCUGAUGCUUUAAAAACUAAUUCGACACUGACAACACUCGAUCUCAGCAAUACUGGUAUCACAGACGAGUCAGCUCAACAUCUUGCUGAUGUUUUACGAAAUAAUACGACACUUUCUACGCUUCGACUUUUCAGUAAUAGCAUUGGAGUCCAAGGAGCCAAACAUCUCGCCGAUAGUUUAAGAGAAAACACGACACUCACUUUAAUCGAUCUUGGAUUGAAUCAAAUGGGAAGCGAAGGAUCACAAUACUUCGGAGAUGCUUUACGGAAUAACACGGGUCUUAAAGAAUUUAAUAUUCAAGCCAAUGAAUUAGGAGAUGACGGAACUGAACAUAUAGCUAACGCUUUACAACAUAAUACGACGCUUACAUCGCUCGGUAUCUUUUGCAAUCAAAUCGGUGAAAAAGGAGCACAACAUAUAGGUGAUGCUUUAAAAAAUAACAAGACACUUACAACACUUGAACUCCGUGACAAUACUAUCGGAGACAAAGGAACUCAGCAUUUGGCUGACGCUUUACAAUACAAUACGACUCUAACCACGCUUCAGCUCGAUACUAAUGGUAUCGGUGACGAAGGUAUUCAAUAUCUGACUGAAGCGUUACAAAAAAACAAGACACUCACUUCACUUAGUCUCAGUUCCAACAAAUUGGGAUACGAAGCGCUCAACCUUCUCAUCACUGCUUUGGAGAAGAAUGCUGCACUCACAUCAAUCAGUCUCUCAAGUAAUGAGUUGGGACCUGAAGCCUGUCAACAUCUAGUUGAUGCUCUAGGAAACAAUACGACACUCACUACACUCGAUCUUGGUUGGAAUAGAAUUGGAAACGACGGAGCCGAAUAUUUGGCUAAUGUUUUGAGCAAAAAUACGACGCUUAAUAAACUCGACCUUUCGUAUAAUUCAAUUGGAGAUGAAGGAGUUCAACAUCUAGCUAAUGCUUUACGAAAGAACACGGGUCUCAAGGAACUCAAUCUUUCGGGCAAUCGAAUCAACAACGUAGGGGUCAAACAUUUAGCUGAUGCUGUUCAAAAAAAUACGACACUGACCACACUUGUGCUUAUAUCAAAUAGCUGCGGAAGCGAACUUGAUUCAUCUGCCAUGAAACUUUUUCAGAAAAAUACUGCAUUGGAAGUUAAGAUGUCGUGGUAA